AUGGGGAACCCGGCCAAGCGGUCCAGCGCACCGAGGCGCGCGAAGAAGUGUGUAGAAGCGCGUCCUGCGCCUCCACCGCCGUUUCUGCACCUCUGCCGCGGCCACGUGCACGCGCCGGAGCCGGUGACACGUGAGGUUUCCUUUCGCGUCCCCCUGCAGCAACUGCGAAACCGGGAGGCGCUGAAUGACGCCGUGCUGCGCAGCGUGCUGCACCGCCUCCACGCAACCCCCUCCUCCUCCGGCCAGGACCCCGCCGCCACGCCGCAUCGUAGCCUGGUUCAUGUGGAGUCGAUUGCGAUCCACGCGGACUCCGCCCGGCAGGCCGGACACACAGGGGACGUGCAGCUGCGCGCCACCGUUGCGGGGGUGGCGGCACGCGUUGAGCACGGGCUCCUCGUCGGCGUCGCCGAGCCGGGCAGGUUCCUGGAUACGAUGGUAGUGCGCCUGCGGGGCGGCACCUCCACAGACGCCGUGCAGCAGGCGCACAGCGGCGGCGACGGGGCCCUGCGGGUGACGGCGCGGUGCCUGGAGGAGGAGCCGGUAGUGGUGGGGCAGGCGGUGCUGCUCGUGUCGGAGCCGGGGACGCUGCGCUGCCUCGCCAUCCGCCCGCCGCGGCCGGCCCCCGGACCGUUUGCGCUGCGCCUCGACGACGGCGAGGCGGAGAUCCAGGCGGAUUGGCCCGCGAAGGGGAAGAUGCACCCCGGCGGGGAGGCGCCUCGACACCGCCCCGCACAACUAAGCGAGCAAAGAGGCGAAGGCACAACUGCAUAA